CGUCCUUCUGCCUCCGCACCCCCCUCUCCCUUCGAUCCCCGCCUCUUGAACCGAUAUACACCAUGUCCGAGCACACUUACAAGUUCAACGUGAAGAUGACCUGCACCGGAUGCUCAGGCGCGAUUGAUCGCGUGCUGAAGAAGACUGACGGUGUCGCGGAGUACGACAUUAGCCUGGAGAAGCAGGAGGUGCUCGUCAAGGGCACGAUUCCGUACGACGACCUUCACGCGAAGAUCGCAAAGACCGGCAAGCAGAUCCUCUCUGGAGAGACGGUGGUAUGAUCGUGUGCGGUUGCUAUGCGUCUUGCUCGACGAUGGGGAUGUACGAAACUCAGGAUGUCCCGCGGUUCUUGAUGUGUAGGAUUCAGAUUGGAAAGAUAGGCUCCCGUGUUCGAAAGCG